CAUGGUCAUAUCCUGAGAGUAGUAGACUGAUGAGGAGUGAUCCAAUAUGUUACCCAAACACACUGCCAAAUGCAUUAGCUAUUUUCAGCCUUCUUCCAUGCAGUGUGUAACACAUACAGCUAUUUGAUUCCAUCCCUCAGAACAUCACUGGUCGUCUGAUGGUGGGACUGCGAUGGUGGAAUCAGGUGGGUGAUAAUGGGAAAAGCCACUGGUUGUUUGAGUCCAGAAAGGUAGCCAAUAUUGUUGCUGCUCGGUCAAUAAUAACCACACUAGUUUGCACACUCAUAUGCCCUAUCAUAUGGAUCAUCUUUGCCUUCAGCUCCCUUGUCUCUUUCAAGAUUAAAUGGCUGGCUGUGGUCAUCAUGGGAGUGGUACUGCAGGGAGCCAACAUGUACGGCUAUGUUCGCUGUAAAGUGGGCACCAGGACCAACCUGAAGAACAUGGCCACCAGCUACUUUGGGCGGCAGUUCCUGAAACAGACGAUGUCCAACCAGGAAGAAUCCUAAAGAGGUUAUGCCUCAUGGAAGAAUGUUUGCUUUACAUUUUAAAGACUGGAGAGAGUGGAGUUUUUAAUCAUUGUUUCCUCCAGAAUUCAUAAUAUUUAGAAUCAUUAACCUAAAUCAUUUUUCCUGUUGUUUUGAACGGUCACCAUUUUUGAUGUGGGGUAAUUUGACCUGCUCAUUGCUGCAUUUGACUGGGAUCGAUUAAUAUGCAUGGUGAACCAAUCGCCUCAAUGGUUACUGAAUUUCAUGGGGAUCGUAUACAGCGAUUACACCUGUCCAGUAGAGAUCAAGGGACAUUUCUAUAUUUCCCUGCCUGCACAUACAGUUUAGAGUCUGAGUCCCUAGUAGUAUUUUCCUUUUUUGUUUGAUUUGUUUAUUUUUGAUGUUUUGCCUCUCACACACUAACAUGUGUUUUCUACAGUAAAAAACUGCAUUCUAUCUACAAUGGUUUGGAUGUAUGAUGGCAACGAGUGUAUUUGUAAAUAUUUAUUUAUAAGACAUCAUGUAAAAUACAUUUUUGGGCUGAUACAAAUACAGAAUUUCUGAAAAAAGUAAACU